ACGAUUUUAAUACGUUUUUUUAAUACAAUUUCAUGCUGUGUUGAUCACACAGGGUAAUGCUCCAGAAUAUGAUGAAAGAAGGCAAAAUUGUGCCAGCAGAGGUCACAGUAGGUCUCCUUCAGGCGGCGAUGACAAAGAGCGGGAAGAGUAAAUUUUUAAUUGAUGGUUUUCCAAGGGACGAGGAAAACCGACUAACAUUUGAGAGAGUGACUGGAAUUGAUCCUGAGUUCAUUUUGUUUUUCGACUGUCCUGAAGACGUCAUGGAGAAGAGGCUGCUCAGCCGUGGACAGGAGCAAGAGCAGGAGCAAGAGCAGGAGGAGGAGGGAAUAGCAGAUGGGAGAAAGAGCAGAAGGGGAGCAAGAAAAGGAAGAAUAGGAGGCGGCAGGGAGAAGUACGAGGCGGAGGGAGGAGGCGGAGGGAUGAGGUGGAGGGAGGAGGUGGAGGGAGGAGGAAAAGAGGAAAGAAGAGGAAGAGAGGAAGAGGCAGACGACGAGGUGGAGGGUGGAGCAGAAGAAAGACGAGGCGGAGAAGAGGAGGCAGGGAGGAGGACUGAGGAGGAGGGAGGAGGAGGGAGAAGGAGGCAGGAGGGAGGAGGAGGGAGAGGAGGGUGGAGGGAGGAGGAGGGGGGAAGGAGGAGGAAGGAGGAGAGAGUAGGAGGCAGAUAAGGAGGAGGUGGUCUAGGUGGGGAGCAUUCAUUUUGCCUAG